CUGUUAUUCCCCACUGUUGGUGAUCACUUUGAAACUGAGCAACCCCUCUUUGCUCCAAUAGACGGAAGCAACCUCUGGCUGUAUUAUCUUCAAGUUCUUACCUCUCCCUUUCACUCAGCUCACAAGAGCAAAUUGCAUUUCUUUCAUGAUUUUCUAGCACUCUAGCUCCCUGAUUUGGUGAAAAAGGAAAAAAAAAGUAGGUGAUAAAUCUCCUUUAUGCCUGGAAGGUUAAACUAACUUCAACUCCGUUGGGGUGGGGGGAACCUUUCCAAGAAAUUUCUACAGGAACUUUGCUGAAAUCAUCAGCAAGAUGAAGAAAAGGCACAUGCUUGUGACUACCAUCUUCUUACUGCUUACCCAUGCCCCUUUACCUCUGGAUGCUAACUCUGAAGAUGAGGAAGAACAAGGGGAUGUUUUAGAGAUGUAUUUACCACCACCAAAACUUAUGCGAUCAAGUUGUGCCUACAAAGCUGAUGAAGGACCAUGUAAAGCCAUGCUAAAGAAAUUUUUCUACAAUAUUUACACUCAACGAUGUGAAGAAUUUAUAUAUGGCGGAUGUGAAGGCAAUGAAAACAGAUUUGACAGUCUGGAAGACUGCCAGAAACAGUGUUUAGCAGAAUACCCAUGGAAGACUGUAAAGACAAAAUUUCAACAAGAAAAGCCUGAAAUCUGUUUUUUGGAACAAGAUUCUGGAAUUUGUCGAGGAUUACUUCCCAGGUAUUUCUAUAAUAAUCAAUCCAAACAGUGUGAACCUUUCAAGUAUGGAGGGUGCCUAGGCAAUGCCAACAACUUCGAAUCAUUGGAAGAAUGCAGGAAUAUCUGUGAGGAUGGAUUGGUUCCCACAAAAGUAGACCAUGGUGAAAAAAUAGCUGAUCCAGCAAACAAUAUCUCCUCAACAGCCAAGCCAACUGAAGUUUGGAAACUUUUUGAAUUCUACGGCCCUUCUUGGUGUCUGACUCCUGCAGAUAGAGGACUUUGCAAGGCCAAUGAAAAAAGAUUUUAUUUUAAUUCUGCUAUUGGAAAAUGUCGUUCUUUUAACUACAGUGGAUGUGGUGGGAAUGAAAAUAAUUUCAUUUCCAAAAAAUCAUGUCUCAAGACUUGUAAGAAAGGUUUUAGUAGACGAGUUAAAGGUGGAUUAAUCAAAACCAAGAGAAAAAGAAAGAAACAACCAGUGAAGAUAAUAUAUGAAGAAAUCAUUGUUGAAAAGACAUAGCUUCCUUACAAAAUAACAUGAGAUUGAAGGCAACCCAUUAUAUGAUAUUGUGCUUGCAAAAUGCAGAAUGGAUUGCAAUUUAGACAAAUUAGAAAAAAAAUUCCUUGAUUAGACUCUAGAAAUUUAUUUUAAUCAUACUUCAAUAAAUGACUUUGUGAAAUGUAGAUUAUCUACAAAUUAUAUAAUUGUAUUUUUCAUAGUGCUUAAUUUUUUCUAACCAAUUUACAAAUCAUUACCACAUAACUCAAAAUCCUAGUAUGUGAAAUUCAAAGUGAUUUAUGUUAUAUUUUGUUAAUCCAUUUAUGUAAUGAUUUCCAGCUAAUAGACAUCAUCUUCUAAUCUCUCUCUUUUAUCCUCUAAUUGGUUAACAUUUCUGAUAUCAAGCAUAAAGAAUUAUGCUUCCUUAAGAUUAAAUUUAUCUAUUGAGCCUUUUUUUUUCCUUUGCCCUCAAGGGAUUAGCCAGCUAUCUUGUAAAUUUGAAUACAGCCAGUAGUAAUAGAUUUUACCAAAUGUACUUGUCCCUGUGUAUUUUUCAAUUUUAAUCCACUGUUAAAAAAAAAAAUCAAGAUCCAAAAUUGUCUUUAUUGAAACUAUGUCAAGGCACAGAAUUAACCUAAACAUUGUAUUUAAUGUCCAAAACUUGUAGGAAUUCACCAAACAGAACAAAUUAAUUCAAAUAGUUGAUUCCAUUCUUUAUGUCAACAAAGUCAAAGGCAAAAAAAAAACAAUUACAGAAAAAGAUGUGAGAUUUAAAAAAUUAAGAAAAUAUUAUAUUUAUACUUUUAUCUCUAUCCAAUUCAAUUUAUUUACACUAUCAAAAUCGCAUUUCCCUGUUGACAUUUACUUAUGUAGUUUUAUAGAUUAUGCAAAAAGUAUUUCAUUGUAUUUACAUUAGGUGAAAUAAUGUACAUUACAAUAAAAAGAUAUCAAUAGUGAAAAAACAAUUUCACACAUUCCUAUACCUCAUCUUUCAUUUUCACAACUCUACCUCUAUACAAAUGACUUCCAAAUCAACAUUUCUAGGAUUCAUUUCCCCCCCAAUUCUUCUCUGAAAUUUUCCAACAAGAUAACAUGUCCAGUAUGAUUAUUGCUAUUAAUUAAAUGCUUUUUUUUUUUUGACAUUUUAUCUUCUCAUUUUCCUCUAAAAAUGAUUACACAUUUUAAUUUUCUAAUUCCACAUUCAAUUGCCUUAUGUUAUUAUAAUUCUUAUAAUUACCCAAGCUUCAAACAUGAGUCAACUAUUGCUUUUUCUUCCUUUAUACUGAAUUGAUCAUCUAUUCUUGACUCUUUUUCAAUAGCAAUGUCAGUUGUGUCUGUCUUUUCUAUUUUCACUGACAGCUUAUUCAUACCUAUGAUAACUCAUUCUAACUCUCACAGCCUCAGAAUUGGUCUCCUUGAUUAGACUAUCUCUAAUAUAUUUGCAUACCACUAUCACAGAAAAAAUUCUAAAAUUCACUUUUGCCAUGUGACCCUUCUGCUCAAAAAUUUUCAGUGGAUUAUACAUAUCUCAUAUUAAAAAGGCCCAGUUUCCUAGGUCCUCCACAAUUUGCUCAAGCAGCCUUUUAAACAUUUUUUCUUACUUUUCUCUAAAUAAAUCAUCUACUCCAGUUAAGAAAUAAAUGAACAAACCUACUCUAAACAAUCCUAAAAUAAGACUUGAAUACUAUCUUUCUUUACCUUUGUUCAUAUAAUUUCUUUAAUUCAGAAUGCUGUUUCUUUUCCUUUACACUUAAUAGAAUCAUUAUCCUUUUAAGCUCAGCUCUCAAUGUUCUCCUGAGCCUUUUUGCUGGUUUGUUGACCUUAUUCAUAUAGCACUAACCAUCUAUAAUGCUCAUAUUUCACAAUAAUGUAUAUAUGUAUUUCAUAGAUACACACAUACUGCACAUGCUUCAAAACACAUACAAAUAUAGAGAAAGACAGAGAAGGUAAGAUUAGAAUUGAUACUUCUAUCAUAUUCAAUGUCUAGAAGACAUUUCCCUAUAGAUAUAUUUAAACUGAUUACAUUUCAGUUGUGAAAGAUAAUUCAUCUGUGUGAUUAUGAUGUCCUUCCUCCAAAAAAGGAAAAAUCAGCAAAUAAAAUGAUUGUUUGCCAAAGUUUUCUUUGAAACAAUUAGAAACAUUUGAAUAUUUUUUGCAGAUUUUGAACACAGUUUCAGAAUUUGAACACAUUGCCACUUACUAAUGAAAAUUAAUGACUAUACUGAGAACAAUAAAAAAAAAAAGAGAGAAAUGGAAAACAUAUUAUGCUUUACUAAUUCUCCUUCAUAAUUU